CCGGCAGGUAAAGCCUCACUGGAGGACUUCUUCUUCUGGCUGUGACCUCCAGACCGCCUGCUGCGCCUCACAUUCCUCCGUUUUUUUUGGGGACCUUGCGUGGGGGGUCGUGAGGAGGAGGUUUGGGCGUGUGGGGGGGUCGGGACUCUCCUGUAUGUCUGCUUCGAUAAUCUCCCUCCAAGAUUCUGUUCAAUUCUCACCUGCGACGACAAGGAGCCGCCACCCGGUGCCGCCCCGUUACCUCUCAGUCUCCGGGGACGGGGGGGUUUGGGGGGUUUGGGGGGGGGGGGGGCAGUGCGUCAACGGGCCCCGAUGGAGAGAUUAACCCCGCGCGCAACUUGGAUACAGUUUCUGGGCUUCUCUCCCCUGCCGGAGAGCGGGAUUUAAAGAGGGAAGUGCGCACGCGGGGGACACGUGGGUUCCCGGAGGGGCGCCGUCGGACCCGGUCCCGAUGCGCGCGCGGAUCGUCCCCUCCAGCCGCUUCAGUCUCCUCUCCGAGCGGAACCAGAAAUGUGUGACGGGGAGUCGUCCGGCCCGGGGAGGCUGAUCCCCGGGUGUUUGCUCCGGGUUUGAGAGGAGAUCCCUCCGGGACCGGAAGCUCCGGAGUUCAGCGCGCUCACGGAUUACCGCUUCUCCUCCUUCUCCUCCUUCUCCUCCUCCUGAAACACCGACGCGCUCUACUUCCAUGUCUGAGAAGAGCGCUGCGUCGCCAUGACGAGUGAGGAGGAGGAGGGGCCCGGCGUCGCCACGUGGACGGCGGCCAUCACUUCCUCCUCCCCCCGCAGGCCCCCCACGCACCGCGAGGAACAGGAGGAGGACGAGGACGGGAGGAUUGAGGAGGACGAGGAAGAGGUGGUGGAGUGCGACGGCGACGAUGAGGAGGACGACGAAGAGGAGGAGGAGGAGGACGGCCACAGCAGCGCCACCAGCGCGCCGUACCCGGAGCUCGCCCCCGUGGUCUUCUUCUGCCUCAAGCAGACCUCCUGUCCCCGCAGCUGCUGCAUCCGCAUGGUCUCCAGCCCAUAUCCUUUCUCUUGUAUACUCAGGUUCUUCUGUGAAGAGACAUCCGCUGGACAGGUGAGCCUCCACCUGGCGCUGCAUGGGGAGAGGGGGGGCGGAGAGUUGACAUCGCACCGCUGAAAACACCUCCUGUCAGGUGUUGUGUGACUGUGCAGCUGCAAUGUGAAAAGGAAGCAUAUUUAUGCCAUGAAUCAGGGAGAAGGCCGGUGAUCGGCGUGAUGGAGGGAAACCCACCAGGCGGAAAUCACUGUUCUCCUCACGGCGCUCUGCACUCCUCACCUGUCCAUUAACCUUCAGGUUCAUUCGUCCCCGACCGCAGAGACGGAGGAAAACAAGUGGAGAGAUGCUUAAAAGGCGAGCGAUUUAUGUUUGAGUGUGAUGUAAACACUCGUUUACAAGGAAACUAGAAGUUAAAUUAUCACCCAUCUGGAUUCUCCUUAUUAACACAAUACGAAUACACCUAAAGACAAACACCUCACUAAGCUCUACAGUGUCUAGCAGCUGCUCACGGCUGUGAUCAGAGCUUCUCAGACACAGACGUCCCUCUAGUGACCAGCAGGGGGCGACUCCUCUGC